AUGGCUACCACACAGCGCCUCCGCGCUCGACAGGCCCAUGCCCCUGGCGCAACCUAUCUCGCAUACACACCCAACGGAAAGAAACUCGUCACAGCCGGAGUCGACAACUACUGCCGCGUCUUCACUACGGGCUCCGAUGACGAGCCAGUCACGAUAGAUGAAUGUCAGGAGAACAACACUGCUGUCGUAGCUGGGAAUGGCUACUUCAUCACCGGCUCAGAGGACGGCACAGUGAGCAAGUUCUCGCUCGAUAAUGGCAAGUUCGAAGAGAUUCUGGUCAGGACUACGCUCCCAGUACGGGAUGUAGCUCUUAGCCCGGAUGGCAACUGGAUUGCCGUUGCCAGCGAUGAACUCGUCGUAAACCUCGUAAAUGUCAAAGACAAGAGCAUGAAAAGCUUGCGCGAACAGCCUCGAGCCGUCAAACACGUUUCCUUCGACAAGACCGGGACCCAACUAGCCGUAUCCUGCACCGACGGUCACAUCUACAUGUAUAACCUGGAGGGCGGAGAGCCUGAGAUGGUCAACAGAGUGGAGGGCAUGAUCAAGAGCCUAGAAGCAGAUGCGGAGACGAGUUCGAAAGUCCUUUGGCAUCCAGAUGGGCGAGCUUUUGCUACACCCACCGCCAUGCGCCAGAUACAGGUCAUGUCGACGAGUGAUUGGGAGAGGCAGCGAGUCUUCAAGACAGGUCAUACAGCCGACAUCACCGCCGCGGCAUGGUCACCGAACGGUGCCUUGUUAGCAACUACCUCGAGCGAUCUGAGCCUAUGCCUUUGGGAUACCAAGACACAGAAACAGCUCAAGAAGCUCGACGAUGUCAAGGCUACAAUACUCGCAAUGGCAUGGCACCCAACGGAGAACAUUCUAUCGUACACCAACAACGAAGGCGAACUCUUCAUCCAUACCGACCUCGUUCCCGACGAACAUCUCCCCCUACUACAAAAGCCUACAGUCUCCGCUCCUUUCUUUCACGACCCCUCGGAAGGCCGAGCCGGUGUCCCACAACCAGCGAAGCUCACGAACGGCAACGUACAGACUCUCCCUGGACGGCCGAGACAAAGGAGUGGAACUCCGGACUCGUUAGAGGAUAUCUUGGGCCCAGAGUUCCAGGACGAUGAAGCUCAAGUGGAUGGCGAUGAAGAGAUGGAGGAUUUCGUUAUUGACGACGAUGGCGCUGGAUAUGCUCCUGCAAUCACAGCUGCUAAGAAACGUCCAAACGGACAUCUCACUAGCGGCGUAGAACCUGCCUCGAAACGUCGCGCAUACAGCUCAGCCCUCUUCCGUCCCCAAGUACACGAGCCAUUUCAACCAGGUAGUACACCCUGGCGCGGAAACCGCCGGCUACUCUGCUGUUCAUUAACCGGAUAUGUCGAGACCGUGGAACAGGAGGGCAAGCAUCAUACAGUAAGCGUCAAAUUCUACGAUGAACACACAUUCCGCAACUUCCACUUCACCGACGUCUUCCUAUACGACAAAUCUUGCCUCAACGAGAACGGGACACUGUUCGCCUGCCAACCCAACAGCACAGGUGACGGCAACCCAGCAAUGAUAUACUACCGACCGCACGAGACAUGGACGACAAGAACCGAAUGGCGGACCAAUCUGCCGACUGGAGAAUCCGUCACUGCGAUUGCACUAUCGAAUUCAUAUGUCUGCGUAACUACAUCGACAAACUACGUGCGCAUAUACUCACUCUUCGGUCUUCCGGUACGCGUCUACAGGCAAAAGAGUUCUCCAGCAGUCACCUGCGCAGCGUGGCGCGACUACAUCCUCACGAUUGGCAACGGACCCAUCCAAAACGACCUCAGCACCCAACUCCUCUACACGAUCGAAAACAUCAAACACGACGUCGUCUACCAAGACUCCGACAUCCUCGCCCUACCCCCAGGCACAACUCUAACCUCCGUCUUCUUCUCCGCAGAAGGAGACCCCUACAUCUACGACUCCUCAGGCGUCCUCCUCACCCUCCUCGGCUGGAGAAACACCGGCCAGGCACGCUGGGUCCCCAUGCUCGACACCAAACUCCUCUCGCGCCGCGCCGGCGGCGGAAAAGAAGAGUCCUACUGGCCCGUCGGCGUCGCUUCAUCACCCACAUCCUCCGAAGGCAUAGGAGGCGCAAAGUUCCACUGCAUGAUCAUCAAAGGGCGAGAACAAUACCCCUCAGCACCCGUCCCGCACCUCUCCGAAUUCGGCUUCGAAAUCCCGCUCACGAGUGUCAUCGACAAAGCCAGGAGCAAGAAGAACAGAAGAGGAGGCGAGGAAAGCGACAUGGAAGACGAGGACGAAGACGCCAACGCGCCUCAGACCAACGAGGAGAAACAGCAAGACCACGAACAAGCCUUCAUCCUCGCUUCGACACUACAUUCGCAACUCUCUUCCACCCUGCUCCACACGCGUCCGACGGCGUCGCAGAAAUCGGCGCUGAGUACGCUCGAAGUGGCGAUUGACCGUGCGCUGCUUCAGUUGCUUGGGUUGGAGUGUCUGGCGGGUGAGGAUCAUGGGAUGAAGGCGCUGGAGAUUGUUAGUUUGAUGAGGGAUGCGAAUGGCAAGAUGCUGGAUUUGGCGGGUAAGGUGGCGAGUAGGUAUGGCAGGGAGGUGCUUGGAGAGAAGAUUAGGGAGUUGGCGGAGAAGAAGGCGCUGGCUAGGGAUGAUGCCGAUGAGGACGACUUCUAG